AAUCCUGCGUAGUGACGCAACGAGUCGCGUCCGAGCCACGUCGCGGCGGGUUCAUUACGCCUGCGCGCAAAGCAGCAAGAUGGCGGACAGUGCGGAACUGAAGCAAAUGGUUAUGAGUCUUAGAGUUUCCGAGCUGCAAGUGCUUUUGGGAUACGCUGGGCGCAACAAACACGGUCGUAAACACGAACUGUUGACCAAAGCUCUUCACUUGCUUAAGACUGGGUGCAGCCCCGCUGUGCAAAUGAAAAUCAAGGAAUUAUAUCGGCGGAGGUUCCCCUUGAAAAUUUUGACUCCUGCUGACUUCUCUUUGCCCAGUGUGCACUCAAGCUCUAUGCCAGUCAACCUGUCACCAUCCUCCAUUCCUCAGCUCUCUUAUGAUGGUCAUCCAGCUUCUUCUCCAUUAAUGCCAGUCUCCCUCCUCCCCAAACAUGAACUGGAUCUCCCACACCUCGCAUCAAAUCUUCACCCUGUCCAUCCGGAUGUCAAACUGCAAAAACUUCCCUUCUAUGACCUGCUGGAUGAACUUAUCAAACCCACAAGUUUAGCAUCUGAUAAUAGUCAGCGCUUUCAAGAAACCUGCUUUGCGUUUGCAUUAACACCGCAACAAGUACAACAGAUAAGCAGCUCAAUGGAUAUCUCUGGGACAAAAUGUGACUUCACAGUACAAGUGCAGCUCAGGUUCUGUCUCUCUGAGACAAGCUGCCCCCAAGAAGAUCAUUUUCCACCAAAUCUGUGUGUAAAGGUGAAUGGAAAACCAUGUAACCUUCCAGGGUAUCUUCCACCAACUAAAAAUGGGGUUGAACCAAAGCGACCUAGUCGACCAAUCAAUAUUACCUCACUUGUACGGCUUUCCACAACAGUCCCAAACACAAUUGUGGUGUCGUGGACUGCAGAAAUUGGAAGGAAUUUUUCUUUGGCUGUUUAUCUGGUGAAGCAGCUUUCAUCGGCCAUCUUGCUUCAGAGACUGCGAGCAAAAGGAAUCCGCAACCCUGACCAUUCCAGGGCUCUGAUUAAGGAGAAGCUCACAGCUGAUCCAGACAGUGAAAUCGCCACAACCAGUUUACGUGUCUCCCUUCUGUGUCCGCUUGGUAAGAUGCGCCUGACCAUUCCCUGCCGGUCCCUUACAUGCUCACACCUUCAGUGCUUUGAUGCCACACUCUACAUCCAGAUGAAUGAGAAGAAGCCCACCUGGGUUUGUCCUGUUUGUGACAAGAAGGCCCCAUAUGAGCAUUUAAUCAUAGAUGGUCUUUUUAUGGAGAUAUUGAAAUGCUGCACAGACUGUGAUGAAAUACAGUUUAAGGAAGAUGGCUCCUGGUCACCCAUGCGAUCAAAGAAGGAAGUACAGGAGGUCACAACCUCUUAUAAUGGAGUGGACAGUGGGUGCAUCAGCAGCUCAGUUGAGCAUCAGGUUUCCUCCAACCAACAAUCCUCCAAAAACAAAAAGGUGGAAGUGAUUGACCUGACAAUAGACAGCUCUUCAGAUGAGGAGGAAGAGGAACCCUGUCCCAAGAGGAGUUGCCCAUCCAUUACUCCUGCUUCCCCUCUCAGCAAUAAGGGUAUGUUAAAUCUCCAGCAUCAGGCCUCUCCAAUUUCUCGAACUCCCAGCCUGCCACCUGUUGACUCAACAUACAUCAAUGCACCUAUACUUCAGGACUAUCGGCAUCCCUUCCACAUGACACACAUGCCAUAUGACUUACAAGGCCUGGAUUUCUUUCCUUUCCUGUCUGGAGAAAACCAGCAUUACAACACGUCACUGUUGGCGGCAGCCGCUGCUGCAGCAUCAGAAGAGCCAGAUUUGCUUCAUUCUUCCCGCUUCUUCCCCUACACUUCUUCCCAACUUUUCUUGGACCAGUUAAAUGCAAGUGCAAGCUCUUCUUUGCCAGCAACUAACGGGAGCAACAGUGGCAGUAACAGCAGCUUGGUAUCGUCGAACAGCCUUCGUGAAUCCCACAGUGCCCCCAGCCGCGGGCCAGCAGACAGCUCCUCACUUUAUGGCAUCAUGCCAGAUGUUAUCUCCUUGGACUGAUUGACAGAUACAGGACCCCUACCACCUGAUUUCUUUAUUUUAUUGUUUUUGUUUUUUAAGGGAAAUGCUAAAAAUACAAAAAAAAAGCUAAAGACAUGUACAGAGAACAGAACUAUAUUUUCAGUUUUAAUUUUGUAUAUAAACCGAAGACUUUACUCAUCUGAUAAAACUGAAACCUGGCCCCGCUUCUUACUCACUCUCCCCCCACUUCAUUUUAAGUUUUCAACCUAAUCACAGAGAUUGACUCUUGGUCUGGAGACUUCUCUGACCUUUUUUUUUUUUUCUUUUUUCUUUUCUUUUUUUAAAUAAAGCUUCCCAGCAUCACUCAUCCCACUGCACUCUACAGCAGCCACCAUUUUGGUAUGGCCUGAGAUGCCUCUACCAUUUUGAUGCUUCUAGAAAUCCAAAUUCAAAGACUGUUGAAUGAACCCCGGCUCAUUAAAUUCUGCACUUCCUUAUGGCAAUCCAGGUUAGCUCGGAGGCAGCAACUCAGACAUUGGCUUCCCCUUUUAAACCAAGAACGACUUUGGAGUUUCAAAAUGCUUUGCUGCCAAAUGGACAUUUCAGAAAAAAAGCACUUCAGUCUGCAAUCAGCACUAAAUAAAUGUCAUAGUGUAUCUGUAAUUUGCUCUAGCUGGAUUUUAUUCAUUGUUACAGAUACAUCAUGAUUUUAGGUCACUUGAGUAAAUGACAAUAAGAUGAUUGCCCCCUUCCUUUUCUGUCUUGCUGUCAAGAUUUUAGUUCCAGCUACAUCUCCUCAAUCAGUCUUGCAGCAUUCUGCAAAACACAUUGGAGUCUGGUGCCAAUCAAAUCUCACUUAGGCAUUGUUACUUUCUCUUUGGAAGUUGACUACAAAAAACUUCCAUCAUGUCUGUCUAGCUAUCCUUUGGGUUCUGUCAUAAGUGUGACCUGAGCUCACUCCAGUGUGUAAUGCAUCUGUGAAUCCCUACUGCAACGAAAAUAAUUGGUGUAUAGGUAUAAUUAUCUGACGCUUUAAACAAGAUUCAUAUGUGGUCUAAUGGUGGUAAAGGAAGGGAUGUCAUUGGUUUGUCUGGCCCAGGAUCUGUGUAGCAUCUUUGUGUUGGUUGGGGACAAGUUAAUAUUUUUCCUCCAAUACAGAUGCUCCUGAUACUUAAAAGGGAAAUGUUUCUAAGAAAGGUUUAGGGCUAUGGGACAUAGGGUUUGGACACUAGAAAGUUUUCAUGCAGCCAUUGUCUGACCAGCGUCUCCGUGCUAGUUUUAUUCUAUGGGAGGCAGAAGGGUUAGGUAGGACUUACCAUUUAGUUUAAUGAAAGCAGAACAUAAGGUAUAAGGAUCUUGCUUACUGUGUCCAAAUAACCUGCUCUUCAUAUUUGCAUUCACACACAAGUGGGAGACAUGAACUAAACAGGGCACCCUAUGAACAAUACAUUGGUGCCUAUUGAAAAGUAAUCUGUCUGUGCCACACAGAAACCCCAUUACAACCUACAGCGAGACUUCCAUUUUGUUAUUUUUAUCGUGCAAAUAUAAUUUGUCUGUGGCCUCUUCUUCCCUACUGUGAAAUCUGGCUCUUCCCAAAGUGGUGUUCGGUUGCUUAAGUAAAUCCAAGGGGUAGUUCAUUCCUUUUUAGUAUAUUAUAGAAUAUCCUGU